GACUGCACCUUCCACCCGAACGUGACGAAGAGCGACAAGAGGCCACGACGGCGCUGGUUUCAGCGAAGAUGGAUCAUCGUUGUCGCCAACGACCGGAAGACCCGACUCUCUACAGGGCUUUCUUCUUUGGUGGCGCUGAAAUGGAGACUUACAAGUAGCAGCUUCCACAGCUCCAAGUCCUUCACGUCCCCUGCGUCACCCCGCGGGGCCGAUGCAUGCGCCCAGCGGAUGCGAAAGGCCUUUGCUGAAAAGGAUUGGAGGCGCCGCUUCCUGGAAGAGCGAGCUCCCAGCGCAGUCUCCGCCGGCACCUCCGCCGGCGCCACAAGCUCCACCUUCUUGCGAAGCUCGGAGGACAUCCCAAGGGACUCCCCGAAGUAUGCGGUGCGCAGUCCUGGUGCUCGGGACGAAGCGCUCGGCGAGCUGCGAAGUCGAUCGACCUGGGUGGUCGCGGUCUCUACUGCGCCAGGUGCACUGGCAGCAAGUGCGCCCUCGCCGGAACGGCACUUCCGCGCGAAGGCGUCUGACCUUGGCCGAAAAGGAGGCGUCCAACGGGGUGACAGGGUCUCAGGCCUGCCAGGCCCAGGCCGGCCACAAGUGCGGGACUCCAACAGAAGCCCUGCCAUUCGGCAAGGAAGGGUGCAGCCCAAGCAAAUGGCCACACAACGGCAGGCCAAGGCUCCAACCAAAGGCGGCGCGGGCGCUCCCCCGAAGUCGAGGCCAAGCGUGGCAAGCGUGGACUCUUCGCCUCAACUCGGCAAAGCAGCAGAGCGCCCGCUACUGAUUGCGGAGGUCAGCAUCUCUCAGGAUCUGCCACCUGCCAAGCUGGUGCUCUACGAGUGCGAGGAUGUGGCUGAGGUGGCGGCCAACUUUGCCCGCGAGCAUGCUUUGGCACCACACUUGGCAGAACGUCUCAGGAGGGAUUUAAGUGAGUUGUCCAAGAAGCACGCUCCGCCGGUGUGAUGCAUUUGAAGAAGGUUUGCAGCCUGGCAUGGAACAUGGCCCACAUGUGCC